AUGGAUCAAACAGCGAAGCACUACAUUGCCUCCCUGCACAAUCAGUCCAUGGGGACGGACCUGGAAGACACUUGGUAUUGCAUCGCAGCUUGUUCAUUCGCAGCCAGCAACAAGGGCUGCUAUGUCGCUGAUGUCUUCACGCAAGCAAUCAGCACACGCCAGGAAAACCACCAGUACCACAGGCAUGUUUUAAAGAGGAUCAAAGAAGGACUUCUGAAAACCGGCAUCAUCUACGGCAUCCCCCGCGUCAUCAACGCCUUCAGAGCACUUGUCAAAGCCAUUCCCUCUCCGGAGUCCAACGAAACAUCAUCAAUUAGAAACACCAUUACGGUUCCUACGGAUACGGAUGAAAGAGGACUCGAAUACAUGCGCAACAUCUUCCGCGCCGACCUGGACCCAUUCCUGGGCACAAUGGACAAGUACUGGCCGGACCUUCGAACUCUCGUUGUUACGUACAUUUACGGCUACUACCAGUCCGACACGUCGAUUCUGGAUGCCAUCACUACUUCGCAGCUGAACAUCGCCACGCUGGUGCCGAUGGAUGUGGCCGCUGAGGUCGCCUGGCACAUGAGAGGCACCAUUAGGAAUGGGGGGACGGAAGGUCAGCUCAAGGCAGCAUACGACAUCACAUUGAGGGUUUGCGAAAUUUGUGAAGUAACUUUGAAGAACGAGAUGCCAAAGGCGCAGGAUGUUAUCAAUGAAGAGAGGCUGAUAAUAGACUGA